UGCCGCCUUCUCAUCGGAGAGAGUUGGUAACACUAGUCCAGCAAAAUUAAAAAGUAAACGUCAUAUCAAGCUGAGUACAAAAAUAAGAUUUUGGCGGGAAGCAACAAGUUUUGAGAAAAAAGGCUAAAACGUGAAUUUCACCUGUAUUCAACGAAAUGGACAAAAGAAAAUCAGUUAAAGGUCCGCCACCGAAGAGGUUCAAGUCACGGGAUGAUGAAGAUGACAACGACACUCCGUAUAGUUUUGAGGAACAGUUGGCUGGAAUGGAAUGUGAGUUUGACUCGCCAGCCGCUGACGUUUUUGGUGAGGGACCCGAAAAUAAGAUCACAAACAUGAAAUGGGCACGACCAGCUCCACCUAACUUUAAUCCCCAAAGUGAUAAACUGAUCUUUCAGCAGUUAGAUAUUGACAAUUAUCAUGGACAACCAAUACAAGGUAUGCCCGGAUCACAACUUGGGCCAGUCCCUAUAAUGAGAAUGUAUGGGAUAACAAUGCAAGAAAAUUCGGUAUGUUGUCAUGUUCAUGGCUUCACACCAUAUUUCUAUGUCACAGUGCCAUUAAACUUUGCUGAAUCAACAUGCAAUGAAAUGAAACAAAAUUUAAAUAGAGCUGUUUUAGAGGAUUUGCGAUCAAAUAAAGAUGGAUUAAAAGAAGCCAUAUUGGAAGUGAAACUUGUUAAGGCGCGAUCCAUUAUGUAUUAUAAAGGGGACAAUGAUAUAACAUUUGCAAAAGUCUCUGUUGCACUACCAAAAUUAAUUGCUGCUUGCAAAAGACUUAUAGAAAAACAACCCACAUCUUUUCAUUUGAUGGAUCCAUCUUUUUAUGAAACUAAUAUUGACUUUGAUAUAAGAUUCAUGGUAGAUACAUCUGUUGUUGGGUGUAGUUGGAUAGAAAUUCCUGCUGGAAAAUGGUCCUUAAGAACCAAAAACUCAGCAAUCAAACCUGAAUCUAGAUGUCAAAUAGAAGUUGAUGUAGCUUGGAAUGCAUUUAUUGCACACCAACCAGAGAAUGAAUGGUCCAAAGUGGCACCUAUACGAAUUAUGAGCUUUGACAUUGAAUGUGCUGGUCGAAAAGGUAUUUUUCCUGAACCUAACCAUGAUCCUGUUAUUCAAAUAGCUUCUAUGGUGAUAAGACAAGGAGAAACUGAGCCUUACCUGCGUAAUGUUUUUACUUUGAAUACUUGUGCACCCAUAGUAGGGUCGCAAGUGCUCAGUUUCCAGAAAGAGUCUGAUAUGCUUGGUAAAUGGGCAGAGUUCUUUCGUGAAUUAGAUCCUGAUAUAAUAACAGGAUAUAAUAUAAGUAAUUUUGACUGGCCUUACCUCAUAAAUAGAGCCAAACAUUUAAAAGUUGAUAAUUUUGAUUAUUUGGGUCGCAUAAAAAAUAUCCGAUCUGUUAUUAAGGAUUCUAUACUACAAUCAAAACAAAUGGGUCGAAGGGAAAAUAAAAGUGUAAAUUUUGAAGGCAGAGUUCCUUUUGAUUUGCUUCUUGUCUUGGUCAGAGAUUAUAAAUUGAGAUCAUACACAUUGAAUGCUGUGAGCUACCACUUCCUACAAGUUCAAAAAGAAGAUGUCCAUCACAGUAUUAUCACUGAUUUACAGAAUGAAAAUGAACAAACAAGAAGACGUCUAGCUAUGUACUGUCUUAAAGAUGCUUAUUUACCUUUGAAAUUACUAAAUAAAUUAAUGUGUAUUGUAAAUUACAUGGAAAUGGCAAGAGUCACUGGUGUUCCCUUAUUAUGCUUGCUCACAAGAGGCCAGCAAAUUAAAGUUGUCAGUCAGUUAUUAAGAAAAGCAAAAGAUGCUGGUUACUUAAUGCCAGCAUACCAUGGACAAGGUUCGGAUGACCAGUUUGAAGGAGCAACUGUUAUAGAACCAAAAAGAGGUUACUAUGCUGAUCCUAUUUCUACUCUCGAUUUCGCGUCGUUGUAUCCCAGCAUAAUGAUGGCACAUAAUUUGUGCUACACCACUUUGGUGCCUCCAAAUAUGCAUAAAGAUUUUGAAUCAGAUGAUGUUACUAUGACUCCUUCUAAGAACAUGUUUGUCAAAGCAAACAUAAGAAAAGGAUUGUUACCAGAGAUUUUAGAAUCCUUACUAGCAGCACGAAAAAAAGCAAAAGCAGAUUUAAAGGAAGAAAAAGACCCAUUUAAAAGAUCAGUUCUCGAUGGCCGACAGUUAGCACUUAAAAUAAGUGCUAAUUCUGUAUAUGGAUUUACAGGGGCACAAGUAGGAAAACUACCCUGCCUUGAAAUUUCAGGUAGUGUGACGGCCUAUGGGCGCACUAUGAUUGAGUUCACUAAAUCUGAAGUAGAAAAAAAAUAUACUAAAAGCAAUGGAUACAAAGAAGAUGCCGUAGUUAUAUAUGGCGACACUGACUCUGUAAUGGUUAAAUUUGGAGUGAAAACGCUCGAAGAGAGUAUGGAACUUGGUAAGGAUGCUGCAGAAUUUGUAUCUUCAAAAUUUGUAAAACCUAUUAAGUUGGAAUUUGAGAAAGUUUACUAUCCAUACCUUCUUAUUAAUAAAAAAAGAUAUGCUGGUCUCUAUUUUACUAGGCCAGAUAAAUAUGAUAAAAUGGACUGCAAAGGUAUUGAAACAGUAAGAAGAGACAAUUGCCCAUUAGUUUCUAACAUGAUGAGUACUUGUCUUCAAAAACUGCUUAUUGACAGAGAUCCAGAUGGUGCUGUAAACUAUGCUAAACAAAUCAUAUCAGAUUUGUUGUGCAAUCGUAUUGAUAUAUCCCAGUUAGUAAUUACAAAAGAACUCACAAAAAAUGAUUAUGCUGCUAAGCAGGCCCAUGUAGAAUUAGCUAACAAAAUGAAAAAACGUGAUCCUGGAACAGCACCCAAACUGGGUGAUAGAGUACCUUAUGUUUUAACAUGUGCUACUAAAAAUACGCCAGCAUAUAUGAAAGCCGAAGACCCAAUAUAUGUUCUUGAAAAUAGUGUUCCUAUUGACUUUAAUUAUUACAUGGAAAAUCAACUCUCAAAGCCACUGUUGAGAAUCUUUGAACCAAUUCUGGGCGACAAGGCUGAAUCACUUCUUCUGAAAGGAGAGCACACAAGAACAAAAGCGAUGGUUACAUCCAAGGUUGGUGCAUUGGCUGCAUUCACUAAAAAGAAAGAAAAAUGUAUUGGUUGUAAAACAGUUAUGCCUGAUAAUACGAAAAAAGCUCUAUGUAAUCAUUGUCUAGACAAGGAAGGCCAACUAUAUAUAACUGAAAUAUUUAAAUUAAGACAACUUCAAGAAAAGUUCUCUAGACUUUGGACUGAAUGUCAGAGAUGUCAAGAGAGUCUACAUGAGGAAGUGCUGUGCACAAAUAGAGAUUGCACGAUUUUUUACAUGAGGAAAAAGAUGGGAAUGGAACUAGAUGCGCAAGAAAAAAAUGUUCUCAGAUUUGGCGAACCGACAUGGUGAAUUUCUCAGAAAAUUAUGUCAUGAAAAUAUUGUUGCAUAUACUUAAUCAUGUUUAGUUAAGCUAAGUAGUACUCUUAUCUUUUAAAUAAUACUUGUUAAAAGCUCUGGUUUUCUUUCAUAUUAAAUUAAACUAAUUAAGGGAAUAAUA